UCCGCUAUGCCGCUUGCUACGGUGACUUAGUGCGGUCUGUGAACAAACGUGAAAACGUUUUUCUGGACGGUCGACAAACACGUAACGUUUGGUUUACGAGGGCUCGCGAGCGUUCUUGUUUUGGAUUUCACGCGACGACCUGUUGUGGCAUGAGAAGGCGCGAACUGGUUGGCGGCGUUUUCUUUGCCGCGGCAUCAUUGCUCCUGCAGAGCGGGGCGGCUUCACCGCGCUGCGAAAACACCAGCCGUGCUAUGCAAGCCAGCUACACCUGCAUCGGCUUCACCUCGACGCAGCACUUUGCCGAGCACGUCGAGCGUCCCCUCCUCGGUCCAGUCACCUUCGUUCUGACUGACUGCGAGCUGCCCGAGCUUCCUGCCUUCAACGACAUUGCUGUCCACGUACUGGAACUGAGCAACGUCACGGUCAAGUCUUUCGCAUCCGACGAUGCAAUACCUGUGGCAGGCGUCGAGGAAACGCUCGAAAAGCUUGUCUUCCGCGACCGCAGUAGCCUUCCCGCGUCCUGGUCGUCGCUCAGCAACUUGAAGAGGCUCAAGGUACUGAGGUUCUCCAACAUGGCCGCCCUGCAGCUGACGACAGAUUACAAUGCGCUUGCCGCCAGCUUGACCGUCGUGGAAGUCGUUCAGUCUAGCAUAGCGCGCAUCGACCAAGAUUGGCUCGCGCGUGUAACCGGCCUAGAGUCACUAGUGAUUCGAGACUGCAACCUCAAGCACUUCCAGCGAUCCAUGUUGCCCAGGCCGGCGCCAAACCUCUGGAAUUUGGACCUAGUUGGGAACAACUUGACGUCCCUACCCGACGACUUCGGCGAGGACUAUCCGGCCCUGAAGUUUCUGGAUUUGGGCAGCAAUUCUCUGACGACCAAGGCGAGCCUGGCGCCCCUUCUUGACAUCGAAGCCAUCGAGCUCGGCGGUAAUCCCUUGAUGUGCGACUGUGCGGUGGGUCAUCUGCGCGCCUUCCCGGUCGAGUUGCUGAGUGCCGACUGCUGGGCACCCGAGGCGCUGAGGCGGAGGAAAGUGCAGGAGCUCACCGACGAAGACCUUCAAUGCUCGUCGUGAGACCCCUUCGUGUACGCGCCUCGUCGCAGGCGAAUCACCGUUUUUUUAAGCGUCAGUACAACACUACGACUACGCACGAGAGCGACGCAAUUGAAUGCAUUAAGAUGAAACGUUUAGGAGCCAGCUGCGCGCUUUGUGAAUAAAUCAGCGUU